AUGGAUCUUCCGCCGCCCUCGGUCCUGGCUCAAUUGCCUCGUCCGCUCCAAGCUUCUGCUGGCAGGACGCAGAUCGGCGAAGUUUUUUCUCUGGCCGAAUCGAAGAAAAGGAAGCGGUAUGAGGUUGCUGUGGCUGUUGAUGGCGAGGGAUUGAACAUAUACAAUGUGCAAUCCCCAAAGCUCAUCACCUCGCACGCUGUUCCGCCUCAGUCUGUGUUCUCGUGUCGCCCAUGCGCCAUACGGCGCAGAAUCCAGGAAACAUCAGUGGUAAAGCGACACAUUUAUGCUGCUGUGGAACGACCUAAGCAUGAAAUCAAAGGAUUCUUUGAAGAGACCGUCCCUGGCUCGGCUACUGCUCCCGUGAUUGCUACAUCUUCGUAUACGUUGAAGGAUGCCCAAAGCCCUACGACCUUUGUCGGCAUAAUCCCACGGGAGUCCAACGACGACAGCAAUGACGAGUUGUUUGACCUUCUCAGUGUACACCGCGACGGACAAGUGCGCAGGUUUACGUCAGACUUGAAAACACAAAAGUGGAGUAUCCAGCACAAGGAAGUCAAGAACGAGGUCGGCGCAGCUUUUCUGGUUGAAUUUGACGAUGCUAGAAGGUCUCUGCUCAAGAAGAGACCUGAUCUGGCCGCUUUGGCUAUUGGAGACGUGUCUGCGUCGCCUGCCAACAACCCUUCUGUGCUUCUACUUGUCUCCCACCCGGUUAGCGAAGACGGCUCGAGCAAGCUGGCCUUGGAUGAUGUCAAAGUCCAUAUUUUUGCUAUACCCGUUACAUAUGACUCGGCGGCCGGAAUUGUUGAUGACUUUCAAAAGCUUCGCCACCUGCAUACUGUGCAACUACCCAAAGUUGAGGGUAUAGAGAUCGAUUCCAGAGAGCCUCAGUGGACCUUCCACUCCGGCUCUGCGGGAUUGAGCCUGUCGUUUCAAAAAGGAUACAUCAACUGUGAUCUGUCUCAAUACUCGCCCACUGUCACGACCAAAUUUGUGCUGAACGACGAGCAUUUCUCGUCGAUCAUGCGCAUAUCUCCAUACUCUGUCAUCGGGGCUGGGAAAUCGCUUGUCGGUCUGUACGAUACGCAGUACUCUUCUGUCCAACGCAGAAUCGGCACUCGCGACCUGUCGCCCGCAAAAUCUAAAGAGUUCGACCCCAAGGCUGCUAUGACUUUUGUUGGAUAUUUUGCCAAGCUAGGUAUAGUAUUGGCAGUCAAGGACAGUGCGCUUCUGUCCUUUGACUUGUCCUCUACUCACACGAUACGUGGGACUUCACUCAAACGGCAACGAGACGGACUGCUUAUAGAUGCCAUUGGGAAGGGUGUUAGCUCUUCGGCAUCGUGGAAUACGGCAGAAGCCGGGGAUUGUCUUGGGUUGUCGAACAAGGAAGAGAAUAGUCGAUGGAAUACGCUAAAGGAAGGACUUAACAGCGCAAUCAAAGCAACCGACCCGACUGCAUUUGAUAAUGCCGUCACAUCCUACUUUGGCACUGAGAAAUUGCUAUCCCUCCCCCAGACAUCGGCGAACCUCGAAAAGGCCCUGUUCAUUCUGUCAAAGAUCUUCACAGUACGACAACAGCAGGAAGCAGGAAACCUGCGAAAUGACUCUGCAACUUUGAAACUUGCGCUCUGGCCCAAGAAGACAUUUGACUGGCUAGUGAAAUCCGGCCUGUUCACGUUGGAUCAUAUUGAUGCUGCUGUUCGUCGGGCCAAUAAGCCACGCAUUCUGCCACCUUUCCAGACGGGCUCUCUCGUACAGGCGCUUGCAGACUUUGAUGCUGUUUCACUCAAACCGCUUUUCCUCCUCCUUCGAAGCUCCCUUUCCUUAUUGCCACCAGACGAACUCACGCGUGCUCUCAAGGUCUUUAUUGACCUCGCCCGUGCUUCGUCCGUUGCCUUGGACCAGCCUGAGAUAAUGGCCAUCACCGGCGCUGCCGACGUGGAAAUGGACGAUGACUCCAGCAGCAUGCCGGCCACCGAACCAGCCACCACCGCGAACGAUAAUGACAAAAAUAACAGCAACAACAAUAACACCACCACCAAAACAAACGUUUCUCUACAAGACGCAUUCACCGGCCUCAACCUAACCCUCUCCAAACUGCACGCCUACCCCAUUAACCGCGUAGUCUCAUCUCUGCGCUCCACACUCUCCAACACCGACACUCUCGCCAUCGUACACCACCUGCGCGUCUCCCUCGCCACAGGAGGGUACACUGCACGCUUCACCGAGAACCCUCCCGUGCCUCUGGACGCAAUCAAAGCAGCGCCCCGACUCAGUCUCGACACGAUUGUGGAUCUGAUGAACGCGAGCGUGGAUGCCAUCGGGCCCUCCGGUUGGAUCUCUGCGGUUGAGUUUGUGGGCACUGCUGUGAACGAGUCGGAAAUGAUUGCGCACAUGCAAUCUGAAGUAUCGGCUGCGCUGGCCGGUGUCGAAGAGGCUGCGUAUAUGAAGGGGGUUUUGGGCGAGUUUAUUCGCUAUGGCAGUCAAGUCACCGCCGCCAGUACCAAUACCAACAACCCAGCCGACAAAUCCUCAUCAAAAGCUAUUACCGCAGCACUAACCACCACCACCGACAACUCCAACAACAACAACAGCAGCAGCAGUAUCACCGACCCUGCCCCCGGCGUAAAACGCGAAUACGAUACCUACGGCAAACUCUGGGAAACAUAUACCUUCCCCAAAGCCGGCGAGGAAGACGGCAAGAUACUUCCCUUGUCACUCAAUGCACCAACAACAGGCGAGUCCUCGUCGUCGUUGGAACAACAGGUUGCUGCUGGUGCUGGUCGUACCAAGAUUCAAAAGUCUACGGGCGCUGUACAGAACAGAACGAAUCGAGAAAUGGCGUAUUUGCAGCGCAGGGCGGUGCCGGAUUAUUCGGUUAUUAGGAUACACCUGUAA